CCCCGCGGCCCGGCUGGACCGGCCGUCAGUUGGGUUCGAGCAGCUGGCCGGGUCUCGGCUGUGCCCGGCGUGGUUGCCAUGGCGGCGGUUGCCGAGGUGACGAGGUGGCGGCUGCUGCUGGUGCUGAGUGUGGCGGCGCUGGGGGCCACGGGCGCUCCGCGGCCCCCCAACAUCCUGCUGCUGCUCAUGGACGACAUGGGGUGGGGUGACCUGGGGGUGUACGGAGAACCUUCCAGAGAGACCCCGAAUUUGGACCAGAUGGCCGCGGAAGGGAUGCUUUUCCCAAACUUCUACACGGCCAACCCCCUGUGCUCACCGUCGAGGGCGGCUCUGCUCACUGGACGUCUGCCCAUCCGCAACGGCUUCUACACAACCAGCGGGCACGCCAGGAACGCCUACACGCCUCAGGAGAUCGUGGGCGGCAUCCCGGACUCGGAGCACCUCCUGCCUGAGCUGCUGAAGGAGGCCGGCUACGUCAGCAAGAUCGUGGGCAAGUGGCACCUGGGCCACAGGCCUCAGUUCCACCCCCUGAAGCACGGAUUUGACGAGUGGUUUGGAUCCCCCAACUGCCACUUCGGACCUUAUGACAACAGGGCCAGGCCCAACAUCCCUGUGUACAGGGACUGGGAGAUGGUCGGCAGAUAUUAUGAAGAAUUUCCAAUUAAUCUGAAGACCGGAGAAGCCAACCUCACUCAGAUCUACUUACAGGAAGCCCUGGACUUCAUCAGGAGGCAGCAGGCAGCUCGGCGCCCUUUCUUUCUCUACUGGGCCGUCGACGCCACACAUGCACCUGUUUAUGCAUCCAAGCCUUUCUUGGGUACCAGUCAGCGAGGGCGGUAUGGGGACGCUGUCCGGGAGAUGGAUGACAGUGUGGGGAAAAUCCUGCGCCUCCUUCAGGACCUGAGGAUCACGAAGGACACGUUUGUUUUCUUCACAUCUGACAAUGGCGCUGCCCUCAUUUCUGCUCCCAAGCAAGGUGGCAGUAAUGGCCCCUUUCUGUGUGGGAAACAGACCACCUUUGAAGGCGGGAUGAGGGAGCCUGCGAUCGCGUGGUGGCCCGGGCACAUCCUUGCUGGCCAGGUGAGCCACCAGCUGGGCAGCAUCAUGGACCUCUUCACCACCAGCCUAGCUCUCGCAGGCCUGGAGCCACCCCGCGACAGGACCAUUGACGGCGUCAGCCUUCUCCCGGCCAUGCUGCAGGGCCAGCUGACAGACAGGCCGAUAUUCUAUUACCGUGGCAACACGCUGAUGGCGGUCACCCUCGGCCAGUACAAGGCCCACUUCUGGACCUGGACCAAUUCCUGGGAGGAGUUCAGACAGGGCAUUGAUUUCUGCCCUGGGCAGAACGUCUCAGGAGUCACCACCCACACGCAAGAGGAGCACACAAAGCUGCCCCUGAUCUUCCACCUAGGACGCGACCCGGGAGAGAGGUUCCCCCUCAGCUUUGCCAGCACCGAGUAUGUGGAUGCCCUUGGCAGGAUCACCCCGGUCGUCCUACAGCACCAGGAGGCCUUGGUCCCUGGACAGCCACAGCUCAACGUGUGCGACAAGGCGGUCAUGAACUGGGCGCCCCCAGGCUGUGAAAAGUCAGGGAAGUGCCUGACGCCCCCGGAGUCUGUCCCUGAGAAGUGCUCCUGGCCCCACUAGCACCUGCCUGAGCCCACUGGCCCUGCAAGUGCCUGGGGGCAGGAAGGCUCUGGCCUCGGGACUCCCAAGCUGGAAGAGCCCCAGUGGCCCUCUGCCCUGCUCACAGCCAGAUGGAUGUCACCUGCAGCCAGCCGCAGGACCUGCAAGACCACACUUGCCUGACCCGGCCCUGGAGUCAUUUCUGAGCCCUCCUGGCCAGCGUGACCCUGCCACCUU